AUGAUGAAACAACUCGCACGCCAGUCACUCCUUUGUCGCCAAAUGGUUGCCUGUAAGAGCUGUUUAUCUUCGGGAUGGUCUCAUUCAAUGAUGAUAUCUUCUUCCAAGAUGAUGGAAAGAACAAUGAGUGGUAAUCAUCAAUGGAAAUCAUCAUGUUCGUGUGCUUCGUGCUGUUCCGUGAAGGUGAUGAUGAGAGGCUUUUCAAUGAAUUUGGCAGGAAGAAAUGUUUCCGAAACAACACCCACCCAAAAUCAUCAUCAAAUCUUGUUAAUUGAUGUUGAUGAUUUGAGAAACACUCCUAUCGAGCAGAGCUACCUCGAAGAAUUGAAUGGAGUUAUUCAUAAACUUGAUGCUCUGACUCAAAAGUUGUCGGCCACUACUAUGAACAAAAUGUUCAAGAUGGAAGAUGAUUCAAUCAAAUUAACAAAAAUUGCGGGUCAUGUCGUUCCAAAAGAGUUGUGGGAUGUUGUGAAUGCUUUGCUAAGAAGAGCGUUUUUAAACAUCCAUUCUUUUUCAAACUUUGACCAGGCAGCUCAAGACUUGGAGAAAUUAAAAACCAUUUCGGAUCAAUUGGAGUUGCUUGUCAUUGUCAAUUCAAGCGGUGAAAGACCAGAAAAUGAAGAAGAGAGUGAAAAGCAAAUGGUCGACAGACUGAAAGGAAUGGUUGUUUUAUUGGAGAAGGAAAACGAAGUUUAUGUCAUUACAAACAAACUUCUUGAGUUGCAGAGACAAAGUUUCGAAUUUACACCUCCUUCCAAUGAGAAUAAUUCAGAAAAUCCUUUGGAAAACCAAAUUUUGAAAGAGACCACCAAAAAUCAAGAAUCAGAGACAGAAGAGAGAAUUGAAGAAAUCAGAACAAACGUAAUAGAAUUACUUGAUCGAAGAUAUUCCAUCUACAAGGAAUUUGGAAACGCUAAGGAAGCACAUACCGAUUUGUGCAAUGCAAUUGAAUUACUGGAAGAAGAUAUCAAGAAGUUAGAAGCCGAAAACGGUAUUGCUGAAAAAAUUGCAAAGAAAAAGCAAUGGAUUGCUCGUUUAUUGGUCGAUCGAGCUGAACUCUAUUUUACAUUCAUUCAUUCAUUGUAUCAAGGACCACAAGUUGAACAAUCUUUGAGUAAGGAUCUCACACAAAAGCAACGAGCCGAAAUCGUAUUCCAAGAAAUCAAUAGCAAACUUACACAGUUGGCUGAACUGUUAGGAGCUGAGGAAUCAAAGAAUGACGCUGUUGGAGGCUCUCAAAACCAAAUUUCCAUGAUUACUGCAGCUAAAUACCAGGCUGAAGCUGACCAACGAAUGAAGCAAGAUCUGAAAAAGGCAAAAGAAUACGAUCCAAACAUUGGAGCACAUCAUAACUCCUACAACACCAUUCAAGAUUUCCUUAAAGAAAUUGGAGACAAGAGAAAGAGAGCUGGCUUAAUUUUGAGAUUGUUACUUCUUGCUUUGAUUGGUAUUCUCAUUAACAACAUGUAUCAAGCUUAUAGCAAAAAAGAGGGAACUCCAAAACAAUAA